GUUCAUACCUAAUUCCCUCUUCUGCAAUUGAACCAACCAGUUGUGCAAACCUGGGAAGCCUUUGCCAAGCUACUGUAAAUGCUACUACUCCUACACCACCCACUGUCACCACUAACAUGCCCGAUACUAAUAGAAACGAUAAGCCAAACAAUGGUGGGCUAUUCUACAGGAUAUCUAUAACUGUCUUUAGUUCCAACUCAGUGGCGAAAGUACAUGAUGCAGUUGCAGAAUGGCUAAACCGUACUUUCCAGAACUGGAAUUACACUGUCUAUGUGGUCAAUAUCAGCAUCCACCCUGGCUCCAUAAAAGAGGGAGUAAGAGAAAAAAGAAGUAUUAAAAGUUUUGAGGUUUUGGCUCUUCUGGUUUAUAAUUCUACCAACAACAUCAAUUUAGAAGAGGAAGACAUCCGACAGAAGCUCAUAAAUAAUAAUGGAACCAUAGAAGGAGGAUAUACGCUUCAUACUGUGGAUGUUGAUCCAGUGGAAAAAUGUUUAGCUGAAGAAAACCCUCCAAACUAUUUUUGGCCAGAUACCAGACCAACAGUGACCAACUACACAUUUUGCCAUGGGAGCUCAGUUCAGACUGCAUCAAGAACCUGCUAUUUGGGUCUGCAGAAUUAUACAUCAUACUGGGGCCAGCCUGAUCUUAGAAAUUGCACAGAAAAUGCAGCUGAUAUAGCCAAUCAGCUUCUGAAUCUCACUGGUGAAGGGCAGCAGCUAACCUCAGACAAAGUAAAUGAUGUUGUGCAGAAGCUCAAAAAAAUUGUGAAUGAUGAAGAAAUUGAUGAAUCUCUGGGUUCUACCGUGGUGACAAUUUUUUCCAAUAUUCUAACCAGUUCAGACAGUGUAUUGGCAGCAUCGUCUUCAGAAGCUCUAAAAACUAUUGAUGCCUUGGCUUUAAAGAUCCAGUUCACUGGACCAUCCAUGAGUAUUUCAACACGAAACCUUGCACUUGGAGUGUCUUCUAUAAACUCAACUUCAUUCAAAGGUGGUUCUUUCAGUGUCAGUCCACAGAAUAAUGCAUCUGAUUUCCAGAUUGAUUUUGACAAGGAUCAGACAAAUGCCUUCGCUUCUGUUGUUCUGCCACCAAGUUUACUGAAGAAUUUAAGUCAAGAUGAGUUUGAAGUUAUAUCCAGGGCUCAAUUUACUUUCUUCAAUAAAAAUGGUCUUUUUCAGGAUGCAGAAAAUCCUGCCAAUUUGACCAGCUUUGUGGUGGCAUGCAGUAUUGGAAACACAACCAUUCAGGAUCUUCAGGAUUAUGUGAAGAUUACAAUUAAGCAUACCAAAAUUCAGGAAGAUCCUAAGCCUACCUGUGUCUUCUGGGAUAUGAAUAAAAAUGGUGGCAAUGGUGGCUGGAACCCUGCGGGCUGCCAAGUGGGCGCAGAGUCUGAUGAAAAUGAGACGGUUUGCUUAUGCAACCACCUCACGCACUUUGGGGUCCUAAUGGACCUGCAGAGAACUGUUACGCAAAUAGACCCACAGAAUACCAAGGUCCUCACCUUUAUCACGUACAUAGGCUGUGGGAUAUCUGCUAUAUUUUCAGCUGCAACUCUGCUAACAUAUAUUGCAUUUGAGAAGUUGCGAAGAGAUUAUCCAUCAAAAAUCCUGAUGAAUUUGAGCACAGCCCUGCUCUUUCUUAACCUGAUCUUCUUGCUUGAUGGUUGGAUCGCAUCGUUUGACAUAGAUGGCCUCUGCAUAGCUGUAGCUGCACUUUUGCACUUUUUCCUUCUGGCCACCUUUACGUGGAUGGGACUAGAAGCUGUUCAUAUGUACAUUGCUCUAGUGAAAGUGUUCAACACUUAUAUACGACGAUACAUACUGAAGUUUUGCAUCAUUGGCUGGGGUUUGCCAGCUCUGGUGAUAGCAAUUAUUUUAGCAAGUGCUUAUACAAAUGCAAGUCAUGUUUACGGCAAAGAGUUAUAUGGCAAAGAUGCUAACGGGCAAGGAGGAGACGAUUUCUGCUGGAUCAAGAAUGAAGUUGUCUUCUAUGUGACUUGUGCUGGCUACUUUGGAAUCAUGUUUCUGAUGAAUGUUGCCAUGUUUAUUGUGGUGAUGGUGCAGAUCUGUGGGAGGAAUGGGAAAAGAACUAAUCGGAGCCUGAAAGAAGAGAUCCUGAGGAAUCUCCGUAGCGUGGUCAGCCUGACCUUCCUCCUGGGCAUGACGUGGGGCUUUGCCUUUUUUGCCUGGGGUCCCUUAACUCUUCCUUUCCUGUACCUCUUCUCAAUUUUCAAUUCCUUGCAAGGUUUGUUUAUAUUUGUAUUCCAUUGCGCUAUGAAAGAAAAUGUGCAGAAACAGUGGAGGAGACAUCUCUGUUGUGGCAGAUUCCGACUGGCAGACAAUUCAGAUUGGAGCAAAACAGCAACCAAUAUUAUAAAGAAGAGUUCUGAUAAUCUUGGGAAAUCCUUAUCCUCUAGUUCCAUUGGCUCCAAUUCAACCUACUUAACAUCCAAAUCAAAAUCUACAACAAAUACAUAUUGCAAACGAAACAGCCAUACAGAUAAUGUUUUUCUUGACAAACCAUCUUCCAAAUUUGCCCAAGAGGAUGGAGAACAGACAUCAAUCAUCCCUGUCCACCAGGUUAUCGACAAGGUCAAGGGGUACUGCAAUCCUCACUCUGACAACUUCUAUAAAAAUAUCAUCAUGUCCGACUCAUUUAGUCACAGCACAAAGUUCUGACUGGGCUUCUGAAUUUUUUAAACCCAAAGGAAG